AAUUGAAUCCACCCGUCGAUGAGUGAACGUUAAACCGGUUUUUCUUUUUCAAUGUCUGUAGCUUGUCUGUUAACAUAUAAAUAAACUAUUGCGCACCACUUGAUAGUAGAUGAAAAGAGAAAUCGUCGAAAUAAAACUGUUGAACUUUUAAUUUCCUGGUAUAUUCGAAAAAGUGAAAUUCCACGAACAAGUGAUCGAAACAAAGUGAACUGUCAACAUCACCGUUACGAAAAUAACUCUGGCGAAUCGCUUCAUACAGCAUCCGUUAGGAAAUAUAAAAAUAAGAUAGAAAAGAGUUUUAUUUAAUAAUCGAGUGAAGGUAUAGGGAAAGAAUAACGAAAGAGUCCUGAAAGGAAAGUUAAAUUCUAUGACAGGAUAAUCGUCACCUCGCGUGUAGCAAAAAUGGCCGAGUCGAAGGAGCAACCAAUCAGAAGAGAGCACGAUUCGAUGGACGAUUUUGAGCAUCUCGAACAUGUCCAGGAUGGACAGUCGUCGAGCCACCUUGAACCUUACAGAGAGGAAGUACGGGACAAUAUGGAAGAAAAUUUCGAUAUGGAUAAGGACAUGAUCAAUUUCUCCCUUAAUCAGUCUGCAAUCGAUUCUGAGGAUUCCAAAAAAGCAACUUUGUUAUUAUUAGACGCGGAAAAAGGUAAACCGGUCGAAGGGAAUAACUUUGAGGUUAGAAUGAAGGAAUCGAAGCCUGAUUUGUUGACGGGUAACAUUGAGGACCAAUCGGAAGUUAUGAGUGUUCAGCCACCUAGCAGGAAGGAAGAAAUUUUAGAGAAAAAAGAAGAAGCGGUUAAGGAACCAGAAAUCAUUUCUUCAGUGGAGAAAAAGACAGACGAUUCAUGGAGUGUACCGGAGAAACCUCAGCCUGUUUUACAGGAGCCUCAACAUCUCGUUUUUCAGAAACCUCAACCUGUUUCAGAAAAGCCGCAACCCGCUCCAAGAGAAGAGACAAAAAUUGAAAGUGUGAGUGAAUACUUGGUCUCCGACACGGAGAAAAAGGAACGAACCAGUGCCCCGGAAACCGGCGAGUCUGAAUUUGAAUCGGAACCAGAAGCAUCACCGGUGAAAAGUUUGAAGCCGGUAAAACAGGAAGCGAGACGAGAAAAAGUAGAGGAUGUCGAGAUCGCACCCAAAGAAAUAUUCCGCAGCAUGGGAAUCGACGCAUGGUUUAAUCCCGAAAGACUGAAUCCAAAAGUGGCAGCCUUAAUCUACUGGCGCGACCCAAAGAAAUCAGGCGCUGCUUUUGGGUGCAUACUGGGUGUGCUCCUCUCGCUGGCCUACUUCAGCCUGAUUAGCGUCCUUGCGUAUUUGUCGCUUCUCGUUCUCACCGGCACAAUCGCGUUCAGGAUCUACAAGACGGUUCUUCAAGCAGUCCAGAAGACCUCCGAUGGCCAUCCCUUCAAGGACAUUUUGGAGCUGGACUUGACAGUGCCUGCAGAAAAGGUGCAUGAAGUUGCGGACGUAGCCGUUGCACAUGCAAAUGCAGCGGUCAGCGAACUUCGUAGGCUCUUCCUUGUAGAAGACUUCGUUGAUUCCUUGAAGUUCGGCGUCUUACUCUGGUGUCUCACUUAUGUGGGAUCUUGGUUCAAUGGCAUGACUCUUAUAAUAAUCGGGGUAGUUGCUCUUUUCACACUACCGAAAAUUUAUGAGACAAACAAGGCACAAAUUGAUCAGAACCUCGCCCUGGUGCAUGGCAAGAUCAAUGAGCUCACCACAAAGGUGAAAGCCGCGAUACCUCUUGGUAAAAAGGAGGCAGCGAAGGAAGAAUAAAUUCGAAAAUACACCACCACGCGGGGGCAAAGAACUUGAGCGAACUUGUCGGGUAACUGAGGAUCCACGCAGAAAUGACGAGGGAGAAAGUUAAUGAGAUGAUGCAGAAAAAGAAACAAUUGAGGAAAAAAGUAAAAUACGAAUGAAAGAUAAAAUGUUGAACGCAAGAAUAGCGUACCAAUGAAUGAGAAUGAUAUAAAAAAAAAAGUUCUUAGAGCAUUAAGGGUUAAAUGAAUAUGAAGUAACAAUUUUUUUUUUUUUUUUUUUUAAUUUUUGGACUUGUCGCAUAUGAACGAAUUAUAUAACUAGCUGCAAUACAAGCACUGAAGAAAACGUAUAUAAAGAGAGAAAAGGCGGAAAAAUCACCGAAUAGAAAUUAUUGCUAAAACGAUAAACAGAAGAAACGACUAAAAGCCAAGUUAAAAACAAUUUCAAUAGCCCAGAAGGACAACGAAAGGAUCGUCAAAGUGUGUGUAGGGGAAGAGUCUUUUCUUAAUACUUAGACUAUGGCAGAUGGACUUUGUUGACCGAUGAUGUCGUAACGCAAAUUUUCCUUUUCCGGACCUGCACAGUGUCCCUAUUGAUGGAAAUAAACGGAAAGAAGUAACAUUUAGCGAUUACGUUAAUUCGUUGCGACACGAGAGGUGAUGGAGAGUCUUUUGGUGUACUCUAUACAAAACCCAUGAACGGUGCAAUGCGUGUGUGUCUCUUAGGGGAUUUCCCGGUUUUUCUUCCCUUCUUUGUUUUUUUCCUCGCACUCUCCUACACCAGUCCGAACUGAUUCUUCAUCCUCAGAGGUUAGGAUAUGCGGUCCCAUUAAAAUCAGUAGUCAUUCAUUUUCAAAAAAUUUAUUCAUUUUAUGAUAGGAAUAUAUCAAUCAAGUAUUCCCUGGUAGAAAAAUGACGAGAGCUGCUUCUCUUUUUAGUCUUUAACAAAUUUACUUUUUAAUUUAUAGUUUUCGAUCAUUUUCAAUUUUCGAUUCUUCGAGAAUGCAUUUUUAAAUUGUAUUCUACAAAAUUUUCUGGAUAAAGAAAAAUUAUUUAAAAAGUAAUAAGAUACUGUUAUACUGUCACGUUUCAAUUGUUAUGAAGGAAAUAAUAAUGCAGAUAGCUCGGAAAGGAAUGGCUAGUCAUUUUUAUUUUUAAUCAAAUUUUUUUUGCUUUUGAAAAUCUAAUUUUGUUAGGGGAAAUUUAUUGAUCUUAAAUAAUCAUAGACUUCGUCUCUUUAUGUUAUAAUAUUUUUAAAUGGAGUUACGAAGUAUUGGGUAAUAUUUGUACAAUAACAAGAAACUUAGCGAAUUACAGAGUCUAAAUUGGCUCUCGUUCCUUAUUUCUACUGAAGAUAUAUCUUUUUAUAAAAUUCUGUUGUUUCCUUUAACAUGUCAUGUUAGGUUAGUUUCCUGAGUUUUUGUUAUUAAAUACAUUUUCAUCUUCUUCAGAUGUAUAUAAAUAUGCAUACUAUUUUUUGUUAUUUGUUUGUACUUGUAAACUAUGAUUAAACUAAAACACGGAUCCGUAUAAGGAAAAAAAUCAUAAAAAAUCUACUAAAUAAAUUUUUAUUUGUUAACGAGAAAAUCUGAAACAAAUAAUUUCUCUACACUUGCAUAGGUUUAUCUAAAUAACGAGUUAAUGUUAUUUAUCUUUUUGUAGCUUCUCAAGUAUUUUCACUAUUUCAAUUGCGUUUAGUAUCAUCUUUCCAAAACUUUUAUAAAACGUGUUGUCACAGUUUAAGAUAUAUAAUAUUAUUUUUGUUUACCUAAUGUAAAGAAUGUUUCCUACUGAGAAAAACAUAAAUUAUUAAGAAAUAAGACUUAUUGAAAAAUAUAUGUUACGUAAGUUUUA